AUGGAAUUAACAGGACUUUCUGUGCCAGUUAUAAACUGGGAAGCGUCAAAUCUUCCUGAACAAUGGAUUAAAUUCCAAAGGCAUGUGGAACUGAUGUUUACAGGGCCGCUCAAGAACAAAACUAAGAAAGAAAAAAUAUCAUAUUUGUUGAUAUGGGUCGGUGACAAGGGCAGGGACAUUCACGCUACAUGGGAACCCUUCACUGGCGAUGAUGCUGAAAAUCUUCAGAGUUAUUAUGAUAAGUUCAAGGCACAUGUGCAGCCGUCCUUGAACCCGAUAUUUGCGAGGUACAAGUUUAACAAUGAAGUGCAAGGCACUGACAGUAUCGAUGCCUUCAUCACAAGACUAAGACUAAGUGCAGCAGAUUGCAGCUUUAAAGACAAGGACGAAAUGAUCAGAGACAGAAUUGUUUUUGGGACAAAUUCUGGAAAAGUACGAGAGAAGUUGAUAAACAAAGGCGAGGGAUUAACACUCGAAAAUGCUAUUCAAAUCGCACAAGCACACGAAUAUGCACAGAAACAACUUCAAUCAAUGGCAUCAGCUAAUGAUGUACACCUGGUUAAGCAGCACAAAUCAAAACAUAAAGGAUACAAGAACCAACCAUUUCAGCAACCUAAACAACAACAACAACAACAACACAGAAAUUAUCAUAACAUUCAAAAACAAGAUGGAAGAAAACCACUGAAAUGUCAACGAUGUGGACAGAACACUCAUAGACCAGGGUCAAAAUGUCCAGCUGAACAUUCAACGUGUUACGCAUGUGGAAUGCAAAAUCAUUUUGCAAGCGUUUGCAGAUCUAGAAAUAAAAACGUUGACAAUGUGAAGUAUUCUGAAUACAAUUAUAGUGACAACGUUCAAUCGGAAAAUCAGGAUUAUUACGUUGAUAUGAUAGAUACUGGGAGCGCGGUAGAUAUUCUACCAUUGAGCCAUUAUGAGAAAUUAAAGAUAAAACGACCUCUUGAAAUCGCAGAAAAUAGAUUAACAUCGUACACAGGCAACAUGUUACCUGUAUGCGGAAUAAUAAAUCUGCAAUUGCGCUACAACAACAAGACUAGCGAGUCAUUAUGUUAUGUUGUUGAUAGUCCGACAGUCCCGCUGCUAAGUUUACAAUCGUCUGUAAACUUAGGCCUGAUAAAGCUCACAUAUUCAAUAGACAGGUCAAAUACAGAAUUAGAUAAACAAAGGGUCAUGUCAGAGUAUGGGAACUUAUUCCAAGGUGUAGGGGUUAUCCCAGGUGAAUGUAAACUUCACAUUAAGAGUGAUGCUGUUCCUGUAAUAAACGCACCUAGGCGAGUGCCGGAAGCUUUAAGGGACAGGCUUCAUGAAGAACUCCAGCGCAUGGAGAAUGAUGGAAUAAUAACUAAGGUCACUGAACCCACGGACUGGGUAAACUCCCUAGUCAUUGUAGAAAAACCAAAGACAGGUAAACUCAGAGUUUGCCUUGAUCCAAAAGCUUUAAAUGAGGCUAUAAGGCGACCUCACUACCCAAUGCGUACUAUUGACGACGUUACAUCAAGACUGACUGAUGCAAAAUACUUCAGCAUUCUUGACAUUACACACGCAUACUGGAGCAUCAAACUUGAUGAACAGUCUUCAUUAUUAACAACCUUCAGCACGGUAUUCGGCAGAUACCGUUGGUUAAGACUCCCAUAUGGCAUAUCUGCAUCGAGUGACAUAUUCAUGCAGAAAGUAGAUGAAAUUUUUGAAGGAUUGCAGGGUCUAACAGCCAUAGUAGAUGACAUUUUGAUAUAUGGGAAGACACGUGAAGAACAUGACGCAAACUUGCGUAACGCCCUUGAAAGAGCACAUUCCAAGAGAGUAAAGUUCAAUCCGGACAAAUGUAUAAUCGGGGUAAAUGAAGUCCCAUUCUUUGGUCACCUUAUAACAUCAACAGGGUUAAAGCCAGAUCCUAGUAAAAUAGAGGCAAUUAUGAACCUCAAAAUACCAGAAAAUAGACAGCAACUUGAAAAUGUUCUUGGUAUGGCAAAUUAUCUGCAAAAAUUCUCUCCAAACCUAGCAGAGGUCACAAGCCCCAUGAGAUCCCUACUAAAGAAAGAUGUAGAAUUUGUUUGGGAUUUUUCCCAGACAGAAGGCAUUUACGAAAAUUGA